CAAAUUAUUUUUUUCAUUAAAGUUAAUCUAUAAAAGCUAUUAUAAUUUUUGUAGUAUUUGACUGUAUCAAAACAUGUAAUUUAUUUAUAAAAAAAACAAUUAUAAACAACAGAAUGGCGGCAGCUUUCGAGAGCAGUAAUCCCGAGAAUUCUUGGAUAGAUUUUUGUGAGAGACAUGCCAUGGUCGCCGCUCAAGAUUUUUCCAAAAGUUGCAACCAAUACAUCAACAUGAGUUUACCAGAAAACGCUCGAAAUCUAGUAAACCACAAAGAUUUACUGAAAAAAUUCGUAGAUUGUUUCACUGAAGAGUUCGAAAAAGACUUCACCAGACGUAGACUAGGAGGAGGAAACAAGGUUUUGAACGGAGUGAAAACAAAUACUACCCCUACAAAUAACGAAGAUAGUUUUGAAGUGGAAGAAGGCUCACCUAAAAUGACCCACAAACCUUUUUUCAGAAGGCUCAGCUUUAAGAUGUUGAGAAAAAGUAAAGAUAUCUUUCACAAACAUUCAGAUGAUGAUUCUAUCAGUCACAACAAAACUAAGUUGGCUAAAAUUGUUGUUGAAUGCCGCAAAGAGGGUAUUGUUGAUUACACAACCCCUGAAUGCUUAGAUCAACCCUCUGGAACACCGAAAUGGGAAAAAUGUAGACUGCAACUGGUCAAAGCCACCGGUGGGUAUAUGCUAGAGUUUUAUUCGCCCCCAAAAAACCCUAAGCCCCGAAGUGGUGUAUUUUGUGCCCUUAUUACGGAAGCCAGGGAGACCACAGCACUGGAAAUGCCUGAUCACGAAAACACAUUUGUUCUUAAAGCUAGUAAUAACAUGGAGUUUGUUAUAGAAGCUCACGAUACAGAUGAUAUGAGAUCUUGGCUGGCCACUAUAAAAUAUUGUAUGAGGCUUGGUCCUGGUGGCAACGAACUAGGGGUUGGCAAUUCUGAAUAUCAGUCAAACGCUCCAGAUUUACCUCCUAGACAUGCGUCAGGAGGUGGCCGUCCAAAUGACAGACUGUCAUCCAGUUCAAACUUUGAAAUAGGAACCUCUGGCAUUGAAGGCACCCCUACAACUGAAUCGGAUAUUGGUCAAAGUUUGAAGAAAGAAUUAUGGUUUCAUGGAAUGCUACCUAGGUCUGAGGCUACACAACAGGUGUUACACGAUGGUACUUUGGGACACGGAAGGUUUUUGGUCAGGCAAAGCGAAACGAGAACCGGAGAGUUUGUUUUGACGUUUAAUUUCCAGGGAAGGGCUAAACAUCUGAGAAUGACGAUUAAUGAACAUGGUCAAUGCCGUUUGCAGCAUUAUUGGUUCGCGUCCAUUUACGAGAUGCUCGAAAAUUUCAGGUCACACCCUAUACCCUUAGAGAGUGGGGGUAAUUCUGACGUCACACUGACCGAUUAUAUUUUAAACCCAAAUGCCCGACAACAGUUGCAGCAUUCUAUUGGGCGAAAUACCUCAUCAUCCCCACCACCGCAGAGCACGUCUAGCGGACAAAUGACAGCUGUCAAUGGAACGGAAUCUGCUGGGUCGCGUCGUGCUAUGCCCGUUCCGGAAGUCAGACAAGUUGUGUCUCAUAAUGGGAGUGUGCGUACACAAGAGACUACCUUGGAUCAGAUUCAGAGUGAGGCGUCGAGUAGAGCUGUUGAAAAUCAAUAUAGUUUUGUUUAAAAACGUUUAGCAUAGGGUUUCCAUACAAGAUUUUGGAAAUUCUGGAAAAGGAAGCUCUGAAGUCAGCGGAUUUCGUCAAAAAAAUAAUUAUGAGUUCGUUGAGGUAAGUAGAGUUUGUCUAGCGAGAGAACACCUGACAGCGAGAGUUGUCUGUCAUUUUAAUUGACAGAUAAAUUGUAUCUUCUGUCAUUUUGUGGAUGUCUUUUUUGACUUGUUGAACAGACAAACAGACUUUAAAGUAGAAAUUAAAGGCAGUUAAAAAAGUGUUAAAAUACUAAGAUUUCUACUGCAUCCGUUACAAAUAACAUCAGAAUUAUAAGAAUGUUCAGCCCUUGUUCAACGUCACGUCAUAUAUUGUCGAACUCUCUCAAUCACUUGACAACCAGAUGAAAGAGAUUGGUGACGUCAUUAAGGUAUUUCGUAAAUUGCUGCAUAUUCUUUUUAGUAAUUGUCAUUGUCAUUUGGUUUGGGGUUAUAAUUUUAUUGACGGAUAUCUAUCAAUGUCAAAAUUAAAAAUCUAUUGUCGCUAUCAAACAAAAUUCAAUUUUUAUUAUUGCAAAAAUGCCUCAAAGAUUUAAUCAAAAUGAACAAGAACUCAUUGCUAAGCUUAUAAAUUAUUUUUUUCAAGAAAGAGACACUGGUAGAACACUCUUGUCCGUGGACGCCGUAUAUGAAGUAAGUACAAUGCAAAAGUGUAAUAUUCCUAUGUAAAAUACAAUUUGAUAGCGUUUUUAAAUAAUAUAGCGAGUUGCUGAUGCUUUAGAAGUAAGAAUUUCAACAGUCGAAAUGAUUGGAACUAAAGGGAUCGUAACUGUUCAAGAAAAAAUCAAUAAAUGUCGAAAAAUAAACGGAACUUGCUCAGUCAAUAGAGAACAACGGCAUACGGUCGAGUCGGCCGCUGCUGGCACGUAUACGUAGACGUAAAGAAUCUUUUACGUGUAUAAAAAAUAGAAAAUAUAAGAAAUGCGCAUGUGUACGUAAACGUUAACGUGUUUGUAGGCCGACUCGACCGUAUGCCGUUGU